CCAGUGACUUGAAACAACAGAGCCAACACAACCAUUCAAUUCAGCACCAACUCUCACACCCAGGAAGAACAGAUCAGAGGAGUGUAAUAAUUGUCUCUCAGUGGGACUAGCUACAGGUAUUGAAGUGGUCAUCUCUCUACUGGUGGUCCUGCCGGUGGGUGUGGUCAUCGGCUGCUGUGGAAUGUGUUGCCUGAUAAAGAGAAGUAUUCGAUGGGAGGAUCUGCCAGGCCCAUGGAAUAUCUAUGAUGUGCCGUCUCUCAUUUACAAUACUUUCCCUCUCUCUGAUGAGGCCUAUGGCUUCUGCUAUAUA